AUGGCGGAAAAGGAUAUGAUAUUUUGGGAUGCAAUCCUGGAUAAAAAUCGAAGUAAAAAAAAGACCAAGAAAUUCAAAAAGUACGCGAAAGAUAUCAACUUAGCUAAUCUCGCAGAACAGUUUUCGAUUACUGAGCAGGAAGUGGAAGAUAUUUAUGGAGUAUUUAUGCGGAUCGAUGAUGAUAGAAGUGGUGUAAUUACGGCGGCUGAAAUUGCUCAGGGACUGAAUUCCUUCGGAUGUGAUGUUUCACCUAAAGUUGUACAGGCAGUAAUGAGAACUACAGAUAAAGAUGGCAACGGAGAAAUUAAUUUCGAAGAAUUUCUAGUAGUUAUCGUUUCCAGAACGAAGGUACUACUUUAUUCAAUUGUAACAACGGAAACUCUCCAAGAUGCUUGGUUAUCCGCUGUUGGUUCCAGAAUCACAGCAGAAGAGGCGAAUGCAAUCCUCGCGCUGGCUGAAGGCAGUGAUGGUCAGGCCACAAGAGAACAACUUUUGAAAUUGUGCCAGUAA